UGACAAUCUUAUCUACGGAGCCUAAGAACCAAGAUACGACGCCAACCCGCCGCGGUGUCCGACUCUCAUAUAGGCCUUAUUGGAUCGGUUUCUCAACUUCUUUGGAAUCAAUAGACGUAGAAAACGAGGUUUCCACAAGGCUGGGACUCACAUUUAUUUAACAUCUUCUCAGGUGCUUUGCUCUGAAUACAUGAAUGAACAUCAGCAGAGCCGAUUACGGGAGUGCAACUACGUAUAUAAAGGGACCACCACCAUAUUUGCGUUCAACAACCGCUGCCACCAGUACCACCUUCGAAGGAAAUGCCUACCUACAGAAGACUACAGCAGUAUGCACUCGCGAUAAGCGUAGUCAGUAUCAUCUAUUGUGCAGCCGAGGGCGCUGUCUCCAUUGGGCUCGGCGCAGAAUCAGCCUCUCGUUCUCUAGUGUUCUUCGGAAUACAAUCUGGUAUCGAAGUCAUGUCAGCUACGAUGGUAUUAUGGCGCUUUUGGCACGUUGCAGAACCUGGUGAAGAGAGACAGGCUGUUCUUUCGUCCAAGGAACUGAGGUUUGAAAAGAUCUCGUCAACCGUCAUCGCAUCUCUUCUCCUCGCUCUCUCUUUGGCAACAGAAGGCACUGCGAUAUUUGGUUUGGUCAAACACGUGGAGCCUAGCACAUCGAAUGCAUCGUUGAUCGUAUCUGCUUCUGCGUUGGUCUUCAUGGUCUUGUUGUGGUUACCUAAAGGUUAUCUAGCUAGGAAACUCAACAGCAGUGCCAUGCAAGGCGAAACCCAAUGCUCGUUAUCGUGUAUUCAAAUGACCGUGGUUCUCUUUGCUGGAGCGCUGAUAUAUAGAUUGUGGAAAGGAGGUUGGUGGGUCGAUAGUGCGACGUCAAUUAUACUUGGGUUGCUGUUCGGAUGGGAGGGAUGGAAGAUGUGGAGGUGGGCUAGAAGCCCAGACUUCGACGGUGGCUGCUGCUGCUCUCAUAAACACGACGUGGAAGCGGCGGGAGACCAAGCCAAGGCCAAGGUGGAGCUGAGUGAACGGAAAAAGGACCUGUGCGAGUGCUGCUCUCUAUCCGAGAUAUGUAGGAUCUCGGACGAGUGCAAGUGUCCUUCAGGUGCCGCCUCGACAGUGACCUGUUGUAAUCCGGUGGAUGAAGAUGGGAAUAAAUGCUGUAGCCAUGAAUACAUCCCGUCACCGCCGUCAGCUCAGAUCUGCUGUAUUUCCGAGACUUGCGGCGCCAACAAAGAGAACGAGAAUGCUAAAGGCUCUACUGGACCUACUGACCUCUGUCAAAGUUCCGAAACACUUUGAUGGGUCGUUUUUUGAUAGUAAACGCAAGUGUA